AUGGAGCGUACAAUUGGCAAUCUCGGUCAGGACAUCCGCCAGCACUCCAACGUAUACACCAACUUACAGCAGAUUGCCCUCCGCCGUUGCCAAUUCAAUGCUCUCAAAGCCAUGUACCCUGCGUUCGCCCCUGAUCCCACCAUACUGCAUGGUGCAGUUAUUGUUGGCAAUGGCUAUAUUCUCUUGCGUGCAGCCGGGAAGAGCCAACGGGCUGUUUCACAUGCAGAAGCCGUCGCCUUGCGGCGCUUUGUGCAUGCUCAUGGUAUUCCUGCAACGGAUGCUUGGUUGCAACAGCCAAAGAUUGCACGAUGGGCUCGUCUGCAUCUUCCCAGUGGGCAGAACGCUCGCUCGCUGUGGAAAGAGUCUCUCAAAACUCUUGAGGCUCUCCGAACAUCUCGGAAUGUGAAGUUUUCCCACAAUAGCAAGAUUGAGUAUGGCAAGGUUUGA